CUACUUUUUUAGUACACGCUCUGCUUGGAUACGAACAGUCGUGGGUUCGUAACAAAUUGUUGUUUUAUUAAUUAAUAUUCCGUAAUAAUAUAUUAGCAUGCCUAAGAUGUUUUUUAAUUGAGUGACAAGUUUUUUGAUAACAGUGCAAAAGAAGCAAAAAUGGGCGUGAAACAGGCGCUGUUUCUGUUACUUGGUUUAUUCAGUAUAGUGGUGUGUAGUAAAAAUUUCCCAUGCUACUGGAAUGACAAGUGCAUGUAUGACAUGUUUGGCACCGCGACUCCAUACGACAGUGUUCGGGGAGACCUGAGGGACCAAGUAGAAGAUGACGGUUGUGAAGUGCUAAGUAUCUGGUCGCUCCACCGGCACGGGAACCGCAACCCCGGCGCUGAUGUCACGAGGAACAUCAGCGCGCUGCAGGCCAAAAUAAAACAUCUGCUGCAUGACCCUACUGUUCAUCUAAGACAUCACAAUAAUUGUGCACAGGAUACGGAUGAUCUGAUGAACUGGCGCUGGAACUCCACCCUGGACAGCUCCGCAUCUUACCUCACUGGCACUGGCUACGAGGAGCUUUAUGAUCUCGGCAGGAGGAUAGAGAUUCAGUACCAAAACUUCCUGAAAUCCGUUGAAAAGGUGCACUUUAGAGCGACGAACCAACAAAGAACUGUUACCAGUCUUAAGGCAUUCGUUCACGGAAUGACUGCUGGCACACCAUCCCUAGCAAACCUCUCAAUGGGUAUCCAUCCACCUUUGGAUCGAGAUGACGUCUUGCGGCCAUAUGAAAAUUGCCAACGAUACCAAGACGAGGUGUUACACGGCCAGCUGCUAACCGAUGAGCUGGCGGCUUACGAUACAAGUCCAGAAUUCUUAGCUAUCAGAGAUGAAUUGCAGUCGAAGCUGCCAGUGGAUUACCAACUGACGCACACUGAAGUCUUCACUCUGUACGAACUGUGCCGCUUUGAUAGGUCCUGGAGUGAGAAGCUUCGCUCCCCCUGGUGUUCCUUCUUUUCUAUCCGACACCUGUUGGUAUUGGAGUAUAGGGAUGAUGUACGCCAUUACUAUAGAAAUGGGUAUGGAUCAUGGGUAAACUCGUACCUCGGCGCCUUACCCCUGAAGGACUUGUACGAAAACUUCGUGAAUGCGAUCGAAGGCAAGAAGACCCUCGUAUCGUACUUCACCCACGACACAAUGCUGGAUAUGGUGUUCUGUGCGCUCGGACUAUACAAGGACCCUAAACCACUUCAAGGGUCUGCCGGGAUAAAAUGGAUCAAGAAAGAAGAGAAUGAUGAUUCUCAAGAUACAGAUCCUAUGUCGAGGAUGUGGAGAACCAGUGAGUUUGCUCCGUUCGCUUCUAACUUCAUAGCUGUUCUAUCCAGGUGUGACGAGUCAGGGAAACAAACUCACCGCGUCCGUUUGUUCAUAAAUGAGAAACCGACGCCUCUUUGCCCAGAAGAAGGCUGCACCUGGCAACAAUUCCUGGACAUCUUCCAGGUGUUCAGCGAAGCGGACCUGGACUUCUGUGCCAAGGAGUGGGCGGAGUCAGGGGCCGGAACUGCGGCGUUCUUGACUGGGCGCUCUAAUACUAAGAUUGGAAUGGCGACUAUUCUAUUUGUAUUGAUCAUAACUGUUUUGAGUGUUUUGUAAAUAAAUUAUUUUCACGUAAAAAUCGCUGGAUGUUUACG